AUGAACAUUGAAGUAAGAAGAUUACCUUUACUCUGUUCAUCAAACACGACUGAAAUGGCUUAUGGCUUUGUUGCAAACACUAUUGCUGUGAUCUUGUAUGGCAGCAACUUUGUUCCUGUCAAAAGGAUAGAAACUGGUGAUGGGAUGUUUUUCCAGUGGGUGAGCUGUGCAUCCAUAUUGGUAGUUUCGAUGAUUGGGGACUUGAUACUCGAGUCUCCCAAAUUCUAUCCGUUGGCAAUGCUGGGAGGAGCAGUCUGGGCCACAGGCAGUUUAACAGUCGUCCCCAUAGUAAAAGCCAUUGGCCUUGGACUUGGAGUUUGUAUUUGGGGAUCCAGCAGUUUGCUGAUGGGCUGGAUAAGUUCAAGGUUUGGAUGGUUUGGUAUUGAAGCACAGGAUGUUGCCAGACCAGUAUUGAACUACUGUGGUGUUGGUUUGUGCUUGUUGAGUGGACUCAUCCUUUUCUUUGUGAAGACUAAUGUUAGAGAACUUCCACGUUCAGACUCCACCCCCUUACUGAUUAACAGGACUGGGAAUUCUGGUGUCUAUGCGCCUUCGGAGUCCUGGGUGGAUGUAACGGGAGCAAAGAGAAAACGCUUCAUGAACUCUCUCACCACUCUUGACUUUAGAGGCUGCUUGUUGGCUGUUGUAGCAGGCCUGUUGUAUGGGGCCUCCUUUGUUCCAAUCCUCUACAUAAAAAGCCAUGCGGCGGUCCACGACAGCAUCUUCUAUGGAGCCAGUCUAUACGAUCUUGACUAUGUGUUUGCCUUUUGCUGUGGCAUCUACCUCACCAGCACGGUGUAUUUCUCCAUCUACUGUGCAGCCAUGAGGAACAGACCCAGGGUGUUCUCCAGAGCCAUCCUGCCAGGCUUUUUGUCAGGUCUGAUGUGGACAUUGGCCACUUAUUGCUGGUUUCUGGCUAACAACUACCUUUGUGCCGUGGUCACCUUUCCCAUCGUCUGUGCAGGUAAUUGUCUAGUUGCAGGUCUGUGGGGAAGUCUGGUUUUCAAAGAAGUCAAAGGCUUGGUAAACUGUUCAAUCUUCCUAGUAGCCUCCUGUGUUGUCUUGACUGGAUCAAUAUUGACGGCCUUCUCCAAUGUGUAA